AACCUAACCUGUGAAUCUCGAGCUCGAACUUCGCUUCUCAUAAUCCCAUCCGUUCAUCAUCUCAACGGUCUCCUCCCUUUGCUGGAUGUCGACGUGGCAGAAUCUAACGAAUGUCGCAACUUCCCCCGAUCCCACCUGUCAUCGCUAGGUUAACGGGACCACUCCUUAUUGGGCAGUUCUUUAACUGGGGUUUAUUCGGGGUUUUAUGUGUACAAAUAUACAUAUACACCCUCGCUUUUCCGACAGAUCGUAAAAGACAACAGGUUCUCGUGGCAGUGAUCUUUAUUAUCGAGGCAUUGCAAACCUUGCUUGGAACUUACGAUGCGUUUCGGAUUCUGGCAGAGCAUUAUGGUGACAUGCUAGAAUUGGACCGCGUCGGCCUGCUUUGGUUUACGUAUCCCUUUUUGAACACGACAGCUAGUUGUAUUGUGCAGCUCUUCUAUGCCUGGCGAAUACGAGUUCUCAGCUUCAAGACGUGGUUACCGAUAAUCAUAGCAAUUCUUUCCUUAGCUCAAACUGCUACUGGUAUAUACGAAGCUGUAGUUGCUCACGAAAUUGGUGUCUUUUCAAAAUUAUCUCAACAUGCUGCGUGGUCUGAAAUAGUCCAUCUCGGUGGAACGGCCCUCUGCGACUCAAUCAUAACGGGCUGUAUGGUGUAUUACCUGAAGAAAUCGCAGAUAGGCUUCCGUCGAUUCAACGACUUCCUCGGGAAGCUCAUGCGCCUGACCAUGGAGACUGGAGCUCUAUGUAUGGCCAUGGCUAUCAUAGACUUGGCGUUGUUCCUUGGCUUCGAGAAGACAAAUUAUCAUACAGUACCGGCGUCGGUCAUAUCGAAACUUUAUUCAAAUAGUCUGCUUGUUCUGAUCAACGCGAGAGCACAAUUCGCUCUUGCCGAUACUGAUACAUUCGCCGACUCAACAACACUUUCUCUGUCUUUUGUCUCGGUGUCGCAGUUACGCAGUGCUAGCGAGAAUAUCCGGUCGCGACCAUCUGGUGUGCAGGCAUCCUUAUCCGAACAGCUUGAAGAUCAGCAACCGGAAUUUUCGGGAUCUCGGUAUGCACUCACAAAGGAGCAAAGGUCGAAUCCAUGAUACGUUGAAUUGAAUUGCAAUCAUGCCUGUACGUAUAUUUACUUCCAGCCUGCUAUAGGACCGAUUGUUCAACUCUGCGCUAUACACGAAGUGCAGUCACCUGUAUCAGAACAUUUCUCCCUGUACACUUUGAACAUUGCUCACUUCUAGAGAUACAAGAGAGUAUUCGCAUCAAUCGCUUGCGCGUCCUUUAAAUUUCCAG